ACAGUGUACACGGAAGCCAGCUUUUCGGUUCAAGCAUAGGGUUCAAGCACGGUACAUUAAGUCGCAAACAUCAUUCUAGAGGAGGCCAGGUGUUCUGUGAGGAGUCGUUGGCUAGUCCAUGCAUGGUGAAGCCGCAAUCAUGUCUCUCGGUCCUCUCAAGAUCAAUUCGGUGGCUUUGAACCGGCUGAAAGCCUUCCUGAAUGAGCCAGCAUACAAAGAUGCGACGGAGAGCUCGUCGGUGUGCAACACGCGCCUGGUGGUAGAGCGUCGCCUGCGGCUGCCCUUCCUGGAUGCCCAGACGGGGGUUGCACAAAGUGACUGUGCCCUGUGGAUGGCCCGCUGGCAGCGAAUGCCUGGGCACACAGAGGGUCAACUGUACUCGUACCCAGCACGCCGUUGGCGCAAGCGCCGCCGUCAGUACCUCAUGAACGACCGCUACCUAGGGGCCACACGGCUGCGUGAACCAGCACCAGAAUACGGGGAUGCAGACAUGCACCAGAUCAGCGUGGUGGAGAACGUGGCAGCGCGGCCAGCAGAGGGAAUAGAUGAGGCUGGUGACAAGGCCCCAGUGGGUGGUGAGGACUCGAACCAGUCGUGGUACUUGGAUGAGGUACAGGAGUCGGCAGCUGCCCUGUUGGAAGCCACCGCGGUGGCCGACUUUCCCGAUGAUCCCGAGACGGACACUGAGGACUACGACGAGACCUACACGCGCAAGAAGAAAAAAAAACCAAAGAAUGCUGGUCAGAAGAAGAGGACCCGCAUUGAGUACUCGGACGCCGAGAAACCGUACAGUUGCGAAAUAUGCGGUGUGCGGUACAAGACACGCCCGGGCCUGUCAUAUCACUAUGCGCACAGCCACAUUGCAAGCAGCAGUGGAACUAGCAGCACAGCCACCAGUGCUCCGACGGACCACCAUCCUCCUCCAGCUGCCACCCAACAGGAGGACAGCUCGAGCAGUGCACCCUCUGGUGGGGAGUUUGGUGGCAGCCGUGGUGGUCCUGCCUCAGGUGACAGCCCUUUGGCUGGGCUGCGCAAGUUCCAGGACUCCUUUCUUUCUUUCCUCAAGACGCCUCAGGGGGCCCCCACAGCAGAGGACAUUGGGGCACCUGCACCUCUGCAGCCCCCACCUCCCCAGCCGCAAGGCCGAAGUGCGAGUGGGAAACUGGCUAACCCAAGCCCCUACUGCGACUUCUGCCUGGGUGACAAUGGCGAGAACAAGAAGACGCGGCAGCCCGAAGAGCUCGUCUCCUGUUCUGAUUGCGGCCGAUCAGCACACCCGUCAUGCCUCCAGUUCACACCCAACAUGACGGUGUCGGUGAAAAAGUAUCGCUGGCAGUGCAUCGAGUGCAAGUCCUGCGGCCUUUGCGGAACCUCGGACAACGAUAACCAGCGGUUAUUUUGUGAUGACUGUGACCGUGGCUACCAUAUGUACUGCUUGCAGCCACCCUUGUCUGAGCCGCCCGAAGGCUUGUGGAGCUGCCACUUGUGCGUGGAAGAGUACGGCCGUGUAGAGCAUCGACCAUCCACAGCCGGUAAUUCUCCCUGAGGCACAUUCCCAACUGCAACAAACUUUGCAAACAGUUUUCAAGUAUAAUAAAGAACACCACUGAAGUGAU